CUCAACCAUUGGUCGUCUAGCGCGCGUAGAUGAAAUAGAGGAAUCCGUUCUCCGUCAAACCCGUUGAAGAAGAGACGAUGUCUUCAAAGUGCCCUAAAUGCGAAAAGACUGUGUAUUUUGCUGAGAAAGUGUCGUCACUGGGGAAGGACUGGCACAAGUUCUGUCUGAAGUGCGAGCGCUGCAGUAAGACCCUGACGGCGGGCGGCCAUGCAGAGCAUGGUGGGAAACCAUACUGCCACAAGCCAUGCUAUGCUGCCCUCUUUGGGCCAAAAGGUGUAAACAUUGGAGGUGCAGGCUCAUAUGUGUAUGAGACUCCAGCCAACUCUAACUCACCCACAUCCCACUUGGAAUCUGCACCUAAACCUCAGGAGAAAUGGGUACCAGCAGCUUCCAGGCCACCUUCUAAAGCUGGAAGCAUCACCACCUUCUCUGGAGAAGCCAGUCUGUGUCCCAGAUGCAACAAGAAGGUCUAUUUCGCUGAGAAGGUGACGUCACUGGGGAAGGACUGGCAUCGGCCGUGCCUACGCUGUGAAAGGUGCAGUAAGACCCUGGCAGCAGGCAGCCAUGCAGAGCACGAUGGAAAGCCCUACUGUCAUAAACCAUGUUACGCUGUCCUCUUUGGCCCAAAAGGCGUAAACACUGGUGGUGUUGGCAGUUACAUCUAUGACAAGGAGCCCAACACGGAGGCUCAACCUUGAUUUUUAAUCCUUGGGAAUCCUCAACCCCAGCUUCACUAUAAUCACGGUCACUACCAGUACCUCACGCACUUUCACAUAUUCCCCGCCUCUUGCCUUUUCACGGAUAACUUGUGCCACCUUGGAUCUUUCUGCAGAAGCUCCAGUGUUCCCCUGAAAGCCCCCUUUCUCAUCGGUCUACUUGAUGGUCCUUUACUCACAAUCCCAAAUGUCCCCAACAGGAGGACAGUUUGACUGUUAUGAUAUGCAGUGGCCCCAAAUAGUAUUUGGAUGCUUAAGUCACAAUUAAAUGGAUGAAUGUUUUUGCAUUAGAUAAGAAAAUAUCAAGACAACUGACAUUUAUUUUAAACAUAGCCCAAGCAUUUCAGAAGAAGAUUGUUAGAUAAAAACUAUAAAAUAAUUGUGAACUUGAGGAAAUCGGACUUCAUACAUUCACCAAAAUGACUGUGACACCAGCUAGUUGAAAGUCAUUGCAAAAAUGGCUCAGAAAAGUUAGUUUUGAGAAAAGGUGCACAGAUGUCACUUGUUUUGAUAUUUUCCGUGCAAUGCAAUGGCAUUCUGACCUUUUUCAGAGUCCUAAAGUGUUUAAAUACUUUGGGGCCACUGCACUCGAUGUGAUCAUGUCUGACUUGUCCUUUGUUUCAUUUAAUGGUAAUUUAUAUAAAUGUUUGUCUCUAUGUUUGUAUAAACCCAACAUGAAUAAAAGUUGUUAUAGUUCCUCUACAAGGUGAAACAAGACCCCACUUCCAUCCACAGUACUGCAUGUACAGUAGAAUGUGUUCAGAGUCUCUAGUAUCAGAUAAAACAACACAAGUUCACACUCAGUGGGAGCUCUGUUUUAUGUGGAGGAGCCGGGCUGUUUGAAUUGUUUACUGACAGGCAGAUGAAUCUCGCUUUUGAGAGUCCGUGCAGGUGCGGUUCACAUCAUCAUAAAUCUGAAAAAUAUUCUUCAACCCAGAUUUACUCUUUGGCUGUAUGGCAACAUUCUUGAGGUAAAGCAUUUUAAGGGUAGAUCUGCGAGAUGAAUGCUGACAGUAAAGUAAAUGGCCAAGCUCUUACUUUUUUAAGUGGAAGACAGACUUCUUUUUAUGGGGAAGUUGCUUGAAAUCCACAGGGUUUGAGGGGUGCCAGGGCGUGUGCGAUUGGUGCUCAUUGACUUAACAGCUGCAGCUAAUAUCUAUUAUGCCAAUCUAGUAACGUUACUUAAAGCAUGGAACCACAUUAAGGAGAAAAAGACAUGAAUAUGAUUUUGUACUGUCUGUAAUCUGAAAAUUUUAGAAGAACCCCAGUUUCUCAAAGUGAUGAAACUGAAGUAUCAUGUUUCCCAGUAGGAAUUUAGCCCAUAGUAAGUUUAAUAUUUUACUGAAAUGACAUUCUACUGAAUGUGCUUUUGUAUUCCUAUGACUGUUAUUGUUGUUAUAAUGAUUUCUUUGUUGUAGCAGGUCUUUGUUCUUUUGAGAACUUUAUGUAAAGAGAGCCUGCUUCGAGUCCUGCUGCUUCUGUCUGUUUAAUCCCAUAUUAAAGUUUACAUAAUGCUUUGUCUUA